AUGGGCUUCCCUGCCUGGGCUAUUAUCUGCGUUGUUGCAGCCGUAGUCGCGAUCCUGUUGACCGGGCUUGCGUUAUUUUUGAUCAAAAGAAAACGCAGAUCAUCUUCUCCUACGGUGGAUAUCAUCCAAGACGAAAAAAUGAAUUAUCAGCAACAGCAACAACAACAAGAAGCACAUGGCGGACAGACCAGCAAUGCAACAACUGUACGCUCUCACAAGCAGCCAUCACCACCCAUGACACCUCAUCACGCCCCACCCUCACCUCAGAAUCAUCAUCGACAUCAGCAGGAGCAGCAGGAGGAGGAGGAAACAGAAGGACCGCCGACGCCCAAACCUAGAAAAAUGUCUCGAACUGAACGGAAGCAGCAUCAGGACAAUGUCAAAAUCAACCUACCCUUACCGCCUCCUUCUACAUCCUUGUUCUCUGAUAAAAUGGAGCUCAGUUCAGAGGAAGCCAUGGAGUUAUUUGACAAGUAUAUGAAUAUUGACAGCAAGGAAGCAGAAAAGCCCGGGUUUUAUUCGAGCAUGCAACGUAAAGCAGGUACCAUCCGUAGCACUGUCCGACAAUCUCUCCGCCGUGAAAAAUCAAACAAGUCAUCCACCCCAUUGAAUCAGCUUUUUACUGCGGAUCAACAGCAACAGCAGCAGCAGCAGCAAUCCUAUCAUUAUCAGCCGCCACCUACACCAUCCUCAGCCACCUCCGCCGAAGCUCGUAGCAUCGCUGCCAGUGCAUCGCCGUUGCCAUCGCUUCCUCAAACACCUGUUCAUACAAAAACCCCCUCUCCUACAGCUACCCCUGCUGGAAAGCAACGACAAGAAGAAGAAGAGCAACAACAGCAACUUGACUUUAAUGACGUUGACGAAGUAACGAUACCACCAGUUGUUGAAGAAGCUGCUGCAGCUGCCUACAACGAUGGAAAGAAUAACAAUGCCAGCAUGCGUGCUGCACGGCGUGUCAUUCGUACUGCUUCACGUAAAUCAAAAACAAGGUCUAUGCUUGUCAACGAAGAAGACGUCAUGAAAAUGUUUGGUCCUACUGGAGAGCAUCAUCAACGUGACAAUAGCCACAGCUUUGCUACUGUACGUGAAAAGCCCACAACCGGUUCUGUUCGGCGCUUGGUGCGUGAUAGCAUUGUCACGGAUAAGAGCGCUACUGUGUCGGCCGUACGUGCCACGAAUAGUAACGGAGCAACGUCAGUAAGACAAAUAGCAGAAUGGUGGUCACCGGAAGAUUCAAAACCUGCCAAGAUUGCUGGUAAUAGUGCCAAUAAUAGCAAUGCAACAAGUAACUUUGGUAAUAUCAGAAACGGCAAUACCGGUGGCAAUGAUAACAGCCGAACGUUACCUCCACCGCCACGCAAGCCAGGCAAAUUAGUAGACGAUCAACAAAAAGGAAACGUGGAUACAAUCCGACGUAUGCUUCAAGCCUCUAUGGCAGAAAGUGGAUCAAUGGCCAGUAUCUCCAAGGUCGCAGGGAGAAGCAGCAAUGAAGCAACACCAAUGGGCCCGGACCCUGUCGCGUCCUUUUCAUCGUCUACUGUACGAACCAUGAUCCCAGAAAACGAUCAGCAAUCCUUUGGCGCUGCGGGAAUGGCAGCCCAGGAGAAAAUUGAAAUUGACGAUACCAAUUUUGCACUAUUGCAGCAAAAUGGUCAUCAGACAUGGAACGGUCGUGCCAAUCGUGUAUCCAACAGACCUUCUGUGCUCCCACAGCAGCAGCAACUACAGCAGUCUGGUGAAGCAGCAGCAGCAACAACAAAGGCAGAAAACAAGUCAUUCUUCAACACUGUAAACGUGGGUCGUCGACAAUCAGCUAGACGCAAAGUCAUGCCGUGGAUGGACAGUGAUAAUGAUGGCAGCAACUCAAAGCGGACACCCGCUCAGUGUGAACGCGACCAAUAUCUGCAAUCACUUUAUGAUAACGCAUAA